AUGAGUUUCCUCCAGCAGCUACAGACUAAACGCAAGGCUUUGAAAGCCACUGCCACCACUGUAACCACAGCAAGUGGCAAACGUUUUAUCGAAGCAAACGCAGCUACCUCAACACCCAUCCAACAACUACCAGAACAGUGUUAUGGUUUUGUAGUUGAUACUAAACCAGAUACUACACCAGCAUGUAUUCUAAGCGAUUUCCUCUACUUGGGCUCACAAGAUGCUGUAAAUAGUGAAAAUAUAAAUACAUAUAAGUUAACACAUAUUUUAAGCGUUGGCAUUGAGACACCACCCUUAGUUGGUGGGAAAGUGUAUACCAAGUUUUUGCCAUGUCUCGAUCUGCCCGAAACGAUACUUUCAGAGCGUGUUAUCCCAGCGGCGAACCAAUUCAUUAAGGACGCGGCAUUGUCUCGCGGUCGUGUGUUAGUGCAUUGUAAUGCUGGUGUUUCGCGCGCGGCUAGCAUUGUUAUUGCUUAUUUAAUAUUAGUGCGUGGUAUGCACUUUGACGUUGCCUAUCCGUUAGUAAAGUCAAAACGCGAAUGCAUACAACCAAAUGUAGGAUUUAUUAAGCAGUUAAAACAACUUAAAUUAGACGAAGCGUAGUUCUAUGUAAGUAAUUUUACCUUAUAACAGUAGUGUAGUAGUAGUUUAGUAAGUAGCUUUGUAGACGUAUUUAGAAUAUAAUUAAGUUGCAAGUUGUUGUAAUUAUUUAAGGAAUUUUGCAUACUUCAAAAGUUAAAUAUACUGAGUCUGUUGCGUGUUGCUCCAAAGUGUGUACACUGCACGAGCAUUUUCAAUUUUCAGCGAGACCAAUUUAAAAUCUGUUUGAAAUAUAUUAAUUCAGUACAGUUA